UUUGUAUAAAGACACAAAGCUAAGUAACUCGUUUUCCCUGAAACGUCACAUAAUUGGCGUACGAUUCCAGAAGUGCAAUAAACAAAAAUGUACGCAGAAAAAUCUUGAGAGAUGAGUCAGUGUGCUGUUGUUUACAUUUAAGUCUGAUUGAAUUGCAGCAUCUGUCUGGUAUGCUGUAAACGAGAUGUAAUUUAGAUAGUCUUACCGCACAAUAUCUUAACACAACCAGCAAACUCUAUCCGGCUCCGCUUCCAAGGUCAGGGUUGUUUCAAAUGCAUGCUUCACUACACCCAAUCUAUCGAUCACGCGAGAAGCAUUUCUCCUAAUUACCAAGGUGCGUAACCUGGCUCGGUAAGCGAACAAUGCUCCCCAUUUACGAAAUCAUCUCGCUCGAGCUGCUGCUUCUGUUGCUUCUGUUAUCACACCGGAAUAGGGCGACAGAUAUCCGUUAUCUAUUUAAGUCAACUAUGCAGCGCCCAAAUGGUCACAGUUCAGCUAGCGAUUUCAACGGUAUCGAACGCAGAAAAUGACACCAACGUUGGUUCUGGUUUUGGUGCUUGCCGGUUCGGUUGGCCGGAUCGAGUGUGGUCUGCUGGAUAUGUUCAACGCCAAUUCGGAUUACAACCUAGCGCAAUCGAUGGAUACGGUUUUCGGAGCGCUGCAGAACGAUAUCAGCUAUAUGCUGACGGGGGAUCUCACGAGCACGGUGGAAGAGGUCGUCACGUUCUGGUGUAGUAAUGGAAGUUUCACCUCACUGAAGCAAGUGAAUCUAAACGACUCAACUUUGAGCCAGAAGAUCGAUACCUCAAAGGAAGUGAUCUUCGUUAUCCACGGAUGGCUGGACGAUAUCUCCCGAAUGUGGUUCCAGCAGCUGGCUCAGGAUGCUCUGAAAUUCACCGGAAGUAACGUUUGUGCGGUGAACUGGGGACAUUUGGCGCGUUACAGUUACUACAGGACAGCAGUGAACCACACGGUGAUGGUUUCGGGAUAUCUGACAAGGUUUGUCCAGUAUCUUGAGUCUGCUGGAGUGCCGUUGAAAAACAUCACAAUGGUCGGCCACAGCAUGGGAGCCCAGAUCAGCGGCCAAGUGGGACACAAUUUUGGCGGAAAAAUCGGACGAAUUUACGGUUUGGAUCCAGCGGGACCGUGCUUCACCCUUCCUAGGGAUCGAGGACUCCAGUAUAGACUAGAUCGCAGUGAUGCCAUGUUCGUACAAACUGUGAUCACAUCUCGGCUGACCAUCGGAGUAGGCGUUGGCGAUGGGCACGAAAAUUUCUACCCCAACGGCGGGGUAUCUCCGCAAACAAAUUGUGUCAUUCCUCUGACGAGUGAUGCUGAAUUUGCCGGUCAGAUCCUGUGCAGCCAUAUGCAUUCGGCGACGCUGUUUCGAUUGUCGCUGAAUCCGGCCAACGUGUACCGCGGGAAGAAAUGUAUCAACUGGCCGGCUUACCUGUUGAGUUUUUGUGGGUUGAACAAAGCCAACCUGCUCGGAAUGCGUAGCGAUAAAUCCGGUGGGGAUUACUUCCUGAGAACGUCGGCAUUUUCACCUUACACGGUUAGAUUUUAGCAGUCAACAAUAAGAUAGGAUAAGGAUAAGGAUAGGAUUUAUUCAAUUUUUAUGAACGUUGCCCAAUCCAUGUAUGUUAUAUCGCUCAGCGUUAAAAAAUAUAUUUUAUUGCAAUUCAUUAUUAUAAUUUCUAUUUAAUAUAAGG